AUGGCAACCCGUGUUCUGGUGAUGGCCCUUCUGACAGUUUCUGUAUAUGCCUCGCCUUCGAAACUUCGUCCUCGCUCUAUCACUCCACCUGAAGGGUGUCCUAUUCCUACGUGGCAGGUCAAUGAGUUCCAGUGGUACAACGGCUCACACAGCCUGGACUGCAUCCAUAAUCAGGUCGACAUCAACACCAAGGGUUGCCUCUGUGGACAUGGCUGGUGUGAACCUGAUCCGGCCACUUGCAAUGGAACCAUGGUGAAUGUGUGCUGGACCGGAAUGCCAAACUAUGAGCCCUGGGGGUACGGUCCGCUGGAAACGCUGGAUAUCGACUUUGCAGACGGCCUCAAUUGUCACGACGAGUACAUUGGAUAUCGCAUUCAUGACAUCGGUAAUGGCGCAAGUAAUUGCGGCUAUGCAGAUCGCGGUGCUGGGCGGAUUGUGGCCUUCUACGGAUCAUCCAAUCUGGAAUCUUCAACCGGUCAUAUCGAUUAUACUCUCGGAGAUGGACAUGCGCUGAAGUGUGACAAUGGAAGUAGCAUCACCUACUCUGGCAGUACGGAUUUCCAAAUCAGUUGCACGCAUGACGCCUUCUUCAACGCCACUUGCACAGCACCAGUGUUUGAAAUCCCAGUCCUGAAUUACAAAUGGGUCGUGUGA